UUUCAACUAAAUUUAAACCCCGUUAAUUAACUAAUCAAUGGAUCCAGCUACAUUUCAAAUCGAAAAGCAAGAAAGCUAGUAAAAGAGAAGAAGAAAAAAAGCCACAGUAUUUGAAAAUGGCGAGUGGAGGAGGGUACGGUGAUCCAAACCAGAAAAUAGACUACGUUUUCAAGGUAGUUCUAAUCGGUGAUUCUGCGGUAGGGAAGUCUCAAAUACUUGCUCGAUUUGCGAGAAACGACUUCAGCUUAGACUCUAAAGCCACAAUCGGCGUCGAGUUUCAGACUCGCACUUUGGUCAUUCAACAUAAGAGCGUUAAAGCUCAGAUCUGGGACACUGCUGGCCAAGAACGUUAUAGAGCAGUUACAAGUGCAUACUACAGGGGUGCUGUUGGGGCAAUGUUGGUUUAUGACAUUACAAAACGUCAGAGCUUUGAUCACAUACCUAGAUGGUUAGAAGAACUGCGUAACCAUGCUGAUAAGAAUAUAGUCAUAAUUCUUAUAGGAAACAAAAGUGAUCUUGAGAACCAGCGAGCAGUACCAACAGAGGAUGCAAAAGAAUUUGCUGAGAAAGAAGGCUUAUUUUUCUUAGAGACCUCUGCACUUGAAGCAACUAAUGUUGAGACAGCCUUCACGACUGUUUUGACAGAAAUAUUUAACAUUGUCAAUAAGAAGAACCUGGCUGCUGAUGAGAAUCAGGAAAAUGGCAACUCGACAUCUCUAGCUGGCAAGAAGAUUAUUGUUCCUGGUCCUGCACAAGAAAUCCCUAAGAAGAGCAUGUGUUGUCAGUAAAUCAUGUGUUCAUUUAUUAUUUGUUUUUAAUUUACUAGAUUUUAUUCAUGGUUCUAAGUUCCUAUGACCAAUUUUUAAUGGUUUGGCGCAUUUCACUUGUAUAUUUUAAUCAUUCAAAAUCUAUUUUGGUUGCUUGCGAUAUAAGUAAGAUGUGCAGAUGGAGCUAAUUACAAAUUGCUUGUUGCAAUCCCAGAUGGAGCUAAUUACAAAUUGCUUGUUGCAAUCCUUAAGAAUUUCGUAGGUGGUUGGAUUCGGAACAUUGUAGUUGAUUGUAAUAUUGACAUGCCAAAUAGCCUGAUAUAGAACUUGGUUAUCUACA